AUGAAUACGUUGGAUGAACCCCAUGCCAUUAUUCCUCGCGAAGAACAGUUAAAGUUGAUUCGAAACGCACUUAAAGUUAACAUCGAAAUGUCUCACAAUGGCAAUAAGGAAAGAUAUAACUUACGUAGUCGAUCAAUAAACUAUACUGUAGGUCAACUGACAUAUCGUCGUAAUUUCGCGCAAAGUACCACUGAGAAGAAAUUCAACGCGAAAUUAGCACCCAUAUUUUUGCCAGCAAAAAUUAAGAAAAAAGUAGGUAAGGUGUACUAUGAGUUGGAAGAUCUUGAUGGUAAAUUCAUAGGAACUUUCCACGCCAUGGAUUUACGUCCAUAA